AUGAACAAGUGAUGUGCAGAGGUUUAGGGUUAGUCAUUUUGAAGAUUGCUGUAGGUGAUCUACAACUACUACAACUACUACAAGUGCUCUUUCUUAUAUGUGUCUUCUCAAGCAUUCAUUCUUUAAUUUCGGGAUGAGAUCUCUUUUUAUCUGAAUGCUCUCAACCUUCGUUUAGUAUUUUUCAUGAGGUGAGAAAGGUCAUUAACUUUUCGUCGAUGUAGAUUGAUAAAUUGACAAGGCGUGAUGCGACCUCCAGCUUACUCGGGACGCGUGCAAGAUUUUCCUAACUUAAUGUGAAGUGGUCUUCGUAAUGGAUACUCGUACUUACGACUACCUAUGCUAACAACAAGGAUCCAAUAAAAAGGACACAAAUUAACUCUGGGGUCUUCAUUCAGGCAGAGAGAAAAAGGAUUUUGCCAAACGUCUGAACUGUCAUAUUGAGGAGAAGUGUGUAAGAAUAGAUCAGAGAGGAAAAGAAUUUUGCCAAAUAUCUGAACCGAUAAAUUGGGGGAGAAUCUUGAGUGACAGGGAAAUGAAGUUUAGUGUUCAGGUUGACGAAUGAGUUCAAGACGAGGAACAAAUACGUGCAAGAAGAGUUGACGAGAAAAGAGGUGAAAGUACUGUUAGUGAUUAAUCCAAUUAUAUAGAAAAAAUACUCUUUAACUGUUAAAGAUCAUUUCACGGCAGAUAAUUUCGAGGGCUGACCAUUGGCUCAAAAUAAGGAGAGACAAAAGUUGACGUACUAGUGCUUCUCAGUUGACGAUUCGUCCAAAGUGAAGAAGGAGGAGACCUUAAAAGUCAACCAUGUCGAAAGACAGUGAAACCAAAGUGGAUGUGACCCGGAAUGAACCCGACCCUGACGAGGCGGAGGUCACGAAGGCCGCACUCCUGCUAAAGGACCCGCAUGAGAAGUACGCCCACAUCUCCAGCAGCAGCGAGGCCUUUGAGGUCAUCCUCCAAAGCGUCGGGGGGAACGGGCGUUGGCAAUGGCAGAUGUUUUUCAUCACCUCCUUCUGUGGGGUCUUUACGGCGUUCCACAACCUGGCUGCUGCAUUUCUGGCGGCUACUCCUGACCACUGGUGUCAUAUCGCAGAGUUGGACAGGUUCAACUCCUCCUCCUUCGACUACCGCAAUAUAUCCAUCCCCUGGGUAACUGACCCAGACGGAGGCAGCGAAGGGAGGUACUCCUCGUGCGAGUAUUAUGACCGUGACUGGGAGGGUCUGGCAUCCAGCGGAGCCCUGGACAACCCGCCCUUUCCAGAUCUUCCAGCCAAUGUCUCGACCAAAGGGUGUGAAGAGUGGACCUUCGACCAUUCUAUUUAUAAGACAACGGUUGUUGAGGAGUGGGAGCUGGUGUGUAAUAUGAGAUACCUCAUGUCUACAGUGCAGUCCAUUUAUAUGGCUGGUGUACUCAUCGGAGCAGUAGCUCUGAGUGAGCUCUCAGACAAGUUUGGUAGACGCACGAUUUCGCUGUGGUCUGCUGUGGGCUUCCUUCUGUCCUCUGUGGCGGUCAGCUUCACCACCCACUACGUGGCCUUCAUCGUCCUUCGGUUCUUCGUGGCAGCCUUCGGCUCGGGACUGUUUCUGCCCUGUUUCGUGCUACUGAUGGAAGUAGUGGGACCAGAGGCCAGGACUAUCAUGGGCAUGCUGUUCCAAGCAUUCUUUUCAGUGGGAUUCAUGCUGCUCCCAUUCAUUGCCUACUUUGUAAGGGAAUGGCGAAACCUCCAGCUCUGCAUAUCUGUUUCAUCAGCUCUUCUGUUGUCAUACUACUGGAUAUUGCCGGAGUCUCCCAGAUGGCUGAUCCUGCAAGGUCGUUAUGACGAAGCCGUUAAGGUUUUGUCUGCAGCUGCCAAAACUAAUGGCGGGUGUCUCCCAGAAACCGAGGACAUGGAUUACCUUCUUGGCAAAAUGAAGAAUGGCUGUGAAAAGAAGAAGGAGGCAGAGAGUUUCUUCAGCAAAAUCAUUGGUGCCUGCAAAGGUUUUAUGACUCUGCUCAGAACUCCAAAUAUGAGGCGGCGCUGUUUAAUUAUCUUUUUUGCCUGGUUUGUGGUUAGCAUGGUUUACUACGGUCUCACAUUCAGUGGAGGGAACAUUAACGCCUCCAUAUAUCUUAUGGUCUUCUUCAGUGGAGCUGUCGAAAUACCAUCUUAUCUUCUAGUAGUCUGGACGCUCAAAGUCUAUGGGCGUCGUCUUAACCUAUGUGCUCUUUUCAUCAUCUGUGGAACUGCUUGUCUACUGAUUCUGGCUGUCCCAAAGGAGCAAGUGUGGCUGAAUUUAACUCUUGCAACAGUAGGGAAGUUCUUCAAUUCCUCUGCCUUUGCAGUGGCCUACAUCUUCUCUGCUGAGCUUGUACCAACAGGUGUCAGAAACAUAUCUGUUGGAACCUCUUCUAUGUGUGCCAGGAUAGGGUCAGGCAUUGCCCCUUUCAUUGUGGAUCUCAUGGGUGACCUUCAUUACACUUUGCCUUCAACAGUAUUUGGCCUCCUCUCAGUGUCAGCGGGUCUUUUGGCGCUUCUUUUACCAGAGACCAGCAAAAUCAGAUUGCCUGAGACUGUGGAUGAAGUAGAAGCACUUCCGAGGUAGACAGACAAAGGGACGAGGCUUUAGGAGAGGGAAAUGCUUUGCAUUCACAUAAUUCCAUGGCUUCAUUUCUUCGAGAAAGUGUAGUAUAAAAAAAAAACAUACAGAAGAAAGUGAUUAUGUUCUUAAGUAAAUGAUUAUUUCCAUUGGUAAAGGAUUUUUGUUCUUGUGGAGAGCCACAAAGAGUUGGUAGUAAAAGAAGGUAUUCUCUGAAUUUUGGAAUAACCUUUCAAGCACCUUAAUACUAAACGAGUGUUAGUAAUGCUGCUCAUCAGUGUAUGGUUGUUUAGUGUUUUUAUGUUUAAAAGACUUGAAAGAAAUAAUGUAGCCUGUGAAAGAAACUACAUAGUCUAAACAUUAUUUUUCCUUUGAAGAAAAAAUAAAUAAAUAAAAAAAAAGCAUUUGCAGUGUUGUUACUGUGAAAGAAACUACAUUGUCUAAACAUUAUUUUUCCUUUGAAGAAAAAUAAAAUAAAAUGAAGCAUUUGCAGUGUUCUUGCAUAUGCACUAUAAUAGGGUCCAUUCGUCUGCUCAAUGAGGAGUAUUUACAUUAGGUGUAAUGAUAUACUUGGAUGUGGCAAAAAAUGUAUUUUACCCUUAUUAUGAACAGAAGAGUGAAUUUUACAGAAACCAAGCUUUUUCUACCAACAAAACACUAGUGAAAUUGGCUGCAGAAUCAUUUCAGUUGACAUUAUAACUGUAGUUUGGUCAAGAAAAUGUCUGUUAAUUGCAAAUUGCAUCAGCCUGAAGCAAAAGUCCCAAAUUGGAACUGAUGGACAGGAAGUAAAAUAAAUAAUCCAACUUGUCAAGGUUUCAAGCAUUACAAUGUAUGUAGUGUGCAUUUCAGUGUCUGCUGUAAAUAUGUAUAUAUGUAUUCACAUUCUCACUGAAAACUGUAAAUGCACAACAUUGUAGUAGGUCAUGUUCAAGUGACACAAGUUUUGUUAUAUAUCUCAUUCCAUCGUAAUCUUACAAUUUUCCAAUUUUUUUUUUUCAAAUUAAAACGAUGAACUUAGCUGCAAGAAGGUGGAUUUGUUUAAGACUUAAAUUUUUCAGUGACAAAAUACACAUGAACAACGAGGUGUUAUUUUUAUGUAAACUUUUUAUGUAGCAAUAUUUUUUUGCUGGUAAAGUAGUAGAACCAAUUGUUUACUAAUCUGACCCAGUCUGUUUCGUACAUUAUAAAGACAGUAUUUACUGAAGGUAACAAAUGGAUUUUAUAUUGAAUUUUAUUUUCAUUCUUGUGGUUUAAUAAAUAUUUUCCAUUA